CGGCCUGCGCUCUUGUGGCCGCCCCCUGUUCCCCAACCUCCCGGCUACGCUGCAGCGUCAGCUUCACUGGGCCUCGGCGUCGGUCUUCUUUAGCAGGCGCUCCCGGCUCGGCCGCCUUCCACCUUCUGUCCGGCCUAGGCCGCAGCCCCGGGCCCGCGUCGCGCCGCCCCCUAUGGGCCCCGGCUGAGGCCCCGCCGCCGGCCGUGGAGCCCUAAUGCUGGCCCGGAGGAAGCCGGUGUUGCCGGCGCUCACUAUCAACCCUACCAUCGCAGAGGGCCCGUCCCCCACCAGCGAAGACGCCUCCGAGGCAAACCUGGUGGACCUCCAGAAGAAGCUGGAAGAGCUGGACUUGGACGAACAGCAGAGAAAGCGGCUGGAAGCGUUCCUUACCCAGAAGGCUAAGGUCGGCGAGCUCAAGGAUGACGACUUUGAGAGGAUCUCCGAGCUGGGUGCUGGCAAUGGCGGCGUGGUCACAAAGGCCCUGCACAGGCCGUCGGGCCUCAUUAUGGCCAGAAAGCUGAUCCACCUGGAGAUCAAGCCAGCCGUCCGCAACCAGAUCAUCCGGGAGCUGCAGGUGCUGCAUGAGUGUAACUCACCGUACAUUGUGGGCUUCUAUGGUGCAUUCUACAGUGACGGCGAGAUCAGCAUUUGCAUGGAGCACAUGGAUGGUGGCUCACUGGACCAGGUACUGAAGGAGGCCAAGAGGAUUCCUGAAGACAUCUUGGGGAAGGUCAGCAUUGCGGUGCUCCGUGGCCUGGCGUACCUCCGAGAGAAGCACCAGAUCAUGCAUAGAGCCUCACCCCUGGCCCUGUCUGCAGAUGUGAAGCCCUCCAACAUCCUGGUGAACUCUCGUGGGGAGAUUAAGCUGUGCGACUUCGGGGUGAGCGGCCAGCUGAUUGACUCCAUGGCCAACUCAUUUGUAGGGACACGCUCCUACAUGUCUCCAGAGCGGCUGCAGGGCACCCACUACUCUGUGCAGUCGGACAUCUGGAGCAUGGGGCUAUCGCUGGUGGAGCUGGCCAUUGGGAGGUACCCCAUCCCUCCACCUGAUGCCAAGGAACUAGAGGCCAGUUUUGGCAAGCCUGCGGUGGAUGGGGCAGAUGGAGAGCCCCACAGUGUCUCACCACGGCCCAGGCCCCCGGGACGCCCCAUCAGUGUAGGUCAUGGGAUGGACAGCCGACCGGCCAUGGCCAUCUUUGAAUUGCUGGACUACAUAGUGAACGAGCCACCGCCCAAGCUGCCCAGUGGUGUGUUCAGCUCAGACUUCCAGGAGUUUGUGAGUGAAUGUCUCAUUAAGAACCCAGCAGAGCGAGCGGAUCUGAAGCUGCUGACGAACCACGCUUUCAUCAAACGCUCCGAGGGGGAGGAAGUGGACUUCGCCGGCUGGUUGUGCAGAACCCUGCGCCUGAAGCAGCCCAGCACACCCACACGGACUGCAGUGUGACAGCAAUCUCCCAGCAGUCUGUGUUCUUGUCCCUAUCGGCACAAUGGCCGCCUCUGGGGACAGUGAUGCUGUGUUAUGGCAGGGGACCUGUGCCCAUGCAUUUGAAAAACCAAACAAAAUGGAGAAAGAGAGAAAGAAAGCUGCCACUGG